UUGUUGUAAUCAUCACCAGCGACACCGCACUUGUGUAUACAGCCAUUCAUCCCAUGGUACUUUAUUUCCCAAUCCUGUAGUUUUUAGGCAUAUCUUGUCAUGCUCGCCCCUUCGAGAAACCGAGCAGAGGCAAAAUUUAACGUCUCCACUGAAUUCCCACAUCUUGGCCUUCAUUCAGCUGCUGUAUCAGGCGACAUCGGCCUAGUUCAGUAUGCUCUAAAACAUGGCCAACCCGUCAACUCCGUCCUAGACGGCGUUCUCCCGCUACACGCUGCUUGUGCAGGUGGUAAUGAUCUCGUCGUUGAUCUCCUUAUCCAGCAUGGAGCAGACGUCAAUGCAUCUAGACUUCCCCGCAGAUAUUCCGAUCGUAGCCGUGACUCUGCCGCUCCUAUAGUCGGCACUUCUGGCGCAACACCACUUCACUUUGCGGCUGCAAAUGGUCACGCAAGCGUCGUUCGCACCCUCCUCAUCCACGGCGCUCACCCUAAUCGUCCUGACAAGCAUGGCAUUACCCCUGAGAUCAUUGCCCGUCAGAAUGGCUGGAUAGAGUGUGCCGAUAUCCUCGCAAGAGAGAUUUUUGUACGUGCACGCGGUGAAAAUACUCCUGAGAGCGACAGCCAUUCCUCUAGGGAGCGAUCCCAUCAUGCUGUCGAGCACCUUGAAUCUUCCCUAAGGAAGAAGCUACAUUUCAAACGCUCUAUCGACCAUGCUCUCACUGCACUCAAGUCUGCAACCGGUGCUCCUGAUGUCGACCAAAAACCACACUUUGUCCGCUCCGGCUCGUCUGAACAAGACGAGUUGGCACCUCCAGAUUCGUCUGGUCGCCGCCCAUCUCUCCCUGAUAUCUACGACGAACAAGUUCUACGCCCCUCACUCCCUAAAACCUCGCGUCGCCCGAGAUCAGCUGGUACAGGCGCCGAGGCUACCCCUCCGCGAAAGCUAAAUUCAAAGCUGUCACUCCUCAGCCUCUUCAAGAAAUCAAAUAUCGAUGGUUCUUCAUCUAGCGUUACCUCCGUUUCAGAGCCGCCAAUCAAUUCUCCCCCUUCUUCAUCGCCCGUUCCUGUCCCUGGCACAGCAUCGCCCGUAUCCACCUCAGCAAUUAUAUCUUCCCCACGCGUCUUUUCCACACCUCUUUCGUCAUCUCCGCACGACACAUCCACACACGACCUCCACCGCCGCAGACUCGAGACUAUCCCCGCGCGCCCUUCCCCCGACCCGAACCCAUGGCACCGUUCUGUCUCAGCUGCCAGCUCCUCGUCCACCCCAAGCGAAGAAAUACCGCCCGAGCCAGCAGCUCCUGUAAGACCCGGCAUACUACGCAUGCACAACCGCUCUUCCUCAAGUCAGGGUUCUCAACAACCUUCCUCAUCCCGUAUCAUCCGCUUCGACAACUCCACAUCCAACGCUGCCUCCCUCACCGCGCGCGCGCGCAGCCCCCCCUCCCGCGGGAACGUUCCACAGGAGAGCCGCUUACGUACUCUCAGCAUGUCACCAGGCGCCCCCGACGCCGAUCGUAUACCGGACACGAUCGAAGAAUCCCCCCGCAUCCUCCAGUCCCCUCCCCCCAUCCUCGUCAACGCCGUCGAGCUCGGCGACCUCGAAGACGAAGAAGAGGAAUACGGCGUACCGAUUAUCCACUCUGAAUCCGCGCCCAAUAUCAUGCUCACACCCGACCACGCGGUCAUGGUACCCGCUCAGUUCCCAUUCAGCAUCAACGUACCUCCUCCUGACUAUGUUAUCGCGUCUUCUGAGAGCCGCUUGCGUGGGGAUUCGGUGAGUAGCGCGGGUACGACUGGCACUGCGAGCACGUACACUCAGUCUAGUUCGAGUGAUGCACCAUGGCCUCCAACGCCCCUCUUCUCCGGCGCCAGCCCCCUGAUCGCAUCCCAUUCAAUGGACACAGACAUGGGCGUGGGUCUGGGUUUGGGCAUAGACGCACUAUCCACUUCCCCUCGCGUUCGCCGAACGCCUUCAGGUCUCGACAUCUCCUCAAUCUCCUCACGAGCAGAGGUAGAAGCCCUCGUGCAGCGGGCACAGCAAUCUGUGCUUGAUUUGGCUGUUGAUCUGGAGGGGAGUACGAGGAGGGAUAAAGGGACUGGACGGACGCCUUUGAGCUUGAGGCUGGCUAUGUUUGGGGAGAGUUUGGCUUUUGAGAGGAGGAUCAAGGAAGAGGAGGAGGGGGUUGUUGUUGUCGAUGCUGGAACGACGCCUGUGGGUAAUGGCGUGGGAUUGGGCGACAGGUCGUUGUUGUCGAGCAGUAGGCCUGGAGUUGUGAAUAUGCAAUUUUCAAGUAGUAGUGGAAGUGGUACAUCUAGUGAAGAUAGGUCGCUCGAAGAUCGUACGCGGGUACCAUCAGACGAAAUUAGACGGACAGCCUCUGCUGAUUUCAGACGGACGUUCUCAGAUACGCAAUAUGACGAUAUCACGCGAACCUCAAACGACACCCGACGCACACGCAGUCCCCCCCCACGCACACAGAAAUCGUUCGAGACGUUUGCGUAUACCCCACCGCGGGCGCGUACGCCUGACCUGUAUGAUACAGAUGAUGCAGAGCUGAUGGGCAUACCGCUCUCGCGCAUUUCGACAGCUCCUACGCAUAUGGGGCAGAACGUCUCAAAGACGCGUAACAUAUCACCAACUGCACGUAACAUAUCAACAACACGUAACAUAUCGCCAACUGCACGGAAUAUCUCAUCGACAACUGCACGCAACAUCCCAACCCCAGCAUCACGCAACGCAUCGCCAGCAACACGCAACCUCUCAUCCUCACCUGCAGCACGAAGCGUGAACAAGUUAUCCCGGAUGGGGUUCUCGACAUUGGAGGGAUGGCAGCCAGCGCCGAUGACGACGUGUUCGCCGCCUGCGAAGCAGAGGUUUGGGGGGAUACGAACGAUUGUGAGGGGGUUUCAGGGGAAGUAAGGUAUGUAUUUUUGGUUUGGGGUGGGCUUGAUUUGAGGUGGGCUUGGACUGGGUACGUGGUGUUUCGAACUUUUAUGCCUAACUGCGCUUCAUGCGGGGGCUUACUUAUAUUUUUAAACGCUGUCGACAAGUUUUCCGUUCCGUUUUGGUUUUCUUGCAUUUUUUUUGGCGUGUAUUCUGUGUCGUUACUAUUGUUGUCGUUGUAUGGUGUGCUUGCGAUAAAUUAAGUACUUGUGUUUCAUUGACAUUGUAACCUAUGCAUAUGCAUUUUUUGAUACCUGUUUGUAAUGUUAUUGAUUUUGAUUUU